AGUGUUUGUCUAUGUAUGUGGAGCAUCAGUGAGUAACAGUCAUGAAGAUCUGUUUAUAUCUUCUCUUUAUGCUUCACUUCACUGCAGGUUGUAUUAAUCGAGGUAGAGAUGAGCUCACACUCACAGGAUACACUGGUGGUUCAGUGCUGCUGCCCUGUACCUGCACAGACCCACAGUCUACAGUUAAGACAUUUACAUGGCGUAAUCAAGAGCAGUCGUGGAGCGAUGUAUUUCAUAAUGAAAGCUACAGUGGCAGACUGAAGCUGUUUAAUGAAAGUUCACCUACAAAUAUCUCUCUUCUCAUUUCUGAUCUGAGAAAGCAGGAUGAAGGUGUAUAUAGGUGUGAGAUAUAUAGUCAAAACAGAACCACAGAAUACAGAGACAUUAAGAUAACAAUUAAAGGUUGUGAACUGGUUAAUAAUACACAGACAGUUGAACUGAUGGGACGUUCAGGAGAGUCUGUAAUUCUGCCCUGCUCCUGUAAAGAGCUACAGGCUAAACCUCAACAACUUACAUGGACUUAUUCAAUUACACAAUCCAAUACAACACCUAAAGAAAUUUACCCAAGUGAGCAGAGUCCCAAACACAAAGAUAAAAUCAAACUGUUAAAUAAAACAAGUCCAGGGGAUCUUUCUCUCCUCUUAUCAAACCUGACCCUACAGCAUGAGGGAUAUUAUACAUGUUCUAUAGAGUCUCAACAAUACAUCAACAUCAGACUUAAAGUCAAAGUAGAUGACACAUCCAAAUGGCAUAUCCAAGAAGUCUGUUUAUCGACAGAUAAACCUGUUAAACAAAGUGACAACAACUACUGAAGAGUCAGAAUUCGCACAACACACCACAAUACUGGAUAAGAUGACACAUUCUGCUGUGGUUUGUUAAAACUGCAGCCACAUCUGCUCAUAACGUGACAGCAGAGUACACAGAGUUUACUACAUCAAAGC